AUGCGCAUGGAGGACAACCGCCUCCCCAAGCGCAUUCUGUUAGGAGCGAUGGCGUGGGGCGUGGGAUACCGGGGCGGGCAGGAGAGCGACAGGGUGUCUCGUCUAGGAGAGAACCUCGUGGCCUUCAACAUGGGAGACGAAAAGGAAGGGGGGGAAUGGAAAGAGAGCGCCAAGGACCCCGAGGUGUGGUACAACAAGGUCGAGGACGGGGCGGCAUGGUUCAUGAGGAAAUGGCACAGGCAAGAGGCGGAAGCGUCCGCGAAGCGCCAGUGCGCGAUGGAAGAAGAAUCAGAGAGUACGGCCAUCUCGGGACCGAAGAAAAAGAGAGUCGGGGAAGCGGCGGUGGGGGGGAAGAAACGGCGACCGGGCACUGCUGUAGAAGCGAGUAGGGCGGCCGAGGCAGCACUGUGGCGAACUUUUUUUUUUUUUCCUCCCAUCAUUGGACUCUGUCGUCUGCCCCUCUGGCCCCUAUCCGCCACAUCUACUAGCUAG